UAAAUAAAAUGGUGCGGUGGGCAUGUAGAACCCCAUAGAUGUCAUGGUGUGUGCUGGAGUGCCCCAUAGGCAGUGAUCACGUGGUAGUCGACUAUAUCACGCUCCGAGAUGGCCAGUGAGGCGCAGCCCCUGACGACCACCACGACAGCGCACCCCACCAUCGUGGUGCCGAAUCACCGCCACGGCCAUGACUACAACGGGUACCUCCUGCAGCCGGACGACACCCCCCAGAAAACCUCAGACUGCGAGCUGAGGAUCCGAGAGAACCCUCUUAGCUUCAACGCCUCCACCUCCCCUAUGCGCGGGAGCGUAUCUUCGGGAUACCACCAGAUACCCAGGAGAGCCUUCGUCUGGUUACGGCUGGACAGGUCGGGGUCCUCAGUGGAACGUCUUCUCCUCAUCUUCGUCGUCAUCCUCCUCCUUACUUUCGUCUGCCUGCUGGCCAUCCUGGUCCUCAGCAAGUUGCAAUGCUCCUUCCCAGAAGUGCCCAACGCCUCCAGCAGGAUAUGCCUGACAGAAGAAUGUGUCCGGACGGCAUCUUCUCUGUUGGCUGCAAUGAAUCAGUCGGCCAACCCUUGUGUGGACUUCUUCCAGUUCGCGUGUGGCGCGUGGAACAAGAAGCACCAGAUACCGGAAGAUCGGGGAAGUAUAAGUGUCUUCGAAGUUCUCUCUGACCAGCUCCAGAUCAUCCUUAAGGGUGUUCUGGAGGAGCCUUUCAACAUUCUCGACUCUUCAGCUACGAGGAAAGCCAAAGUAUUUUACAAAUCCUGUAUGAACAUACAACAAAUCCGCAAAUUCAGUGACGACCCCUUGCGAUCUGUCCUGACGGAGUUGGGUGGAUGGCCGGUGACACAGCCCAACUGGCAAGAGCCCAACGUCUCCAUAGAAGUGCUGUUGGGACGUCUCCGUGGGGACUACAACGAGGGCGUCCUCAUAGAGCAGUGGGUUGGCCCGGACGACAAGAACUCCUCUGUGAACAUCCUUCAGCUGGACCAGAUGACCCUGGCACUACCCAGCCGAGAUUACUACCUGAAGCAGAGCAGUGAGGCUGACUACCUGGGCGCCUACCAUCGUUACAUGACAGAGGUGGCGAUACUGUUGGGAGCUGACAGCGACACCGCAGGUGCAGAGCUUCUCCAGGUCAUCCAGUUCGAGAAACGUCUUGCUAACGCGUCUCUACCGGAGGCCGACAGACACGACACAAGCUCCAUCUACCGCAAGCUGACUUUGGCUCAGCUGCAGCUAGAAGUUCCGCAGAUCAACUGGCUCGAGUAUCUGACGUCGUUCCUCGAUGCGGACAUCACCCAUGACGAGAUGGUGGUUGCGUACGCGAUGCCGUACUUCAUAGAGAUGGGCAAGAUCAUCGCUGACUCAGACCGCAGGGUGAUCCACAACUACGUGAUGUGGCGCCUGGUGAUGGACAUAGUGCCGCACAUGAUUGACGAGUACCAGCAGAAGCACACGGAGUUCCGCAGGAUCAUGCAGGGGAUACAGAGCGAGCGCAACCGCUGGUCACAGUGCGUCGACUGGACCAAUAAGAAGCUGGGGAUGGCAGUGGGCGCGCUGUACAUCCGCGACAACUUCAACCAGGACAGCAAGGAGGUGGCGUUGGCGAUGAUUCACACAAUCCGAGAGGCAUUUAAUGAGCUGCUCGCUGAGAACCACUGGAUGGAUGACGAGACGAGAGCUGUGGCCAAAGAGAAAGCCGACGCUAUGAAUGAAAGGAUAGGGUAUCCUGAGCUGCUGACAGAACCAGAGGAACUCAACAAGGAGUACAUAAUGUUAAAUGUAACCGAAGACCAGUUUCUGACUAACAUAUUCAAUGUGCUGCGCUACGACGCUUACCACAACCUGCAGAAGCUGCGUCAGCCUGUCAACAAGGACAAGUGGUCGACUGAGCCGGCCAUCGUCAACGCCUUCUACAAUCCUAACAAGAACGACAUCGUAUUCCCAGCUGGAAUUCUCCAGCCGUUGUUCUACAGCCAACAUUUCCCCAAGUCUCUGAACUACGGAGGGAUCGGAGUCGUAAUCGGCCAUGAAAUCACUCACGGUUUUGAUGAUAAAGGCCGGCAGUUUGACAAGGACGGCAACAUGAUGCAGUGGUGGAACAACGCCACGAUCCGGGAGUUCCGAGAGCGAGCUCAGUGCUUUAUCGACCAGUACAACCGCUACAAGCUGGACGAGGUGGAUCAGUUCGUCAACGGCCGGAUGACCCAGGGCGAGAACAUCGCUGACAAUGGAGGCCUAAAACAGUCAUACAGGGCAUACAAGAAGUGGGUGAAGAAACACGGAGAGGAGCCUCAGUUACCUGGAAUCAAGCUCUCCCACGAUCAGCUGUUCUUCCUCAACUACGCCCAGAUCUGGUGUGGCACGAUGAGACCGGAGGAUGCUCUCACCAAGAUCCGCUCGGCAGUCCACUCUCCGGGGCCCAUCAGGGUCAUCGGACCUCUCUCCAACUCCAAAGACUUCGCCAACGCCUACAACUGCCCCCUCGGCUCCCCCAUGAACCCCCGUAACAAAUGCUCCGUCUGGUAA